GUGUCGACGACAUCGGAAUCAUUCAAGAAGAUGAAAGUAGAGCCCGGACUCACAUCUAACUUAUCGCCAACCGGUGCUCUUAUGGCCGGAUUGGGCUCUAAUCACAGCAAUUCUAGUCAGACAUCGUUGACAAACUCGUCCAGUAGUGCCAACUCUAACGGCACGUGUCCGCCAACACCGGCCCGAAGACGACACCGAACGACGUUCACUCAGGAACAGCUCCAAGAACUGGAGGCCGCGUUCGCUAAAAGCCAUUAUCCGGAUAUUUAUUGUCGCGAAGAAUUGGCCAGAAUUACGAAACUAAAUGAGGCCAGAAUUCAGCCCAAUCCGGCCAUAAGAGCACCGGUUGGCGAUAAGUUAGAUGUGUGGUUUCAGAACAGAAGAGCCAAAUAUAGAAAACAAGAGAAACAAUUACAGAAGGCAUUGGCGGCGCCUUCAAUGUUGCCGGCGUGUAAUGGAGCGAUGAUGAGGAAUAUAUAUCAGGCCAGUAGUGGACAGAACGGCGCCCGAGGCUAUCAAUACUCCACAGCCAAUGCCAUCAACUCGAUGGGCACAACCAGAUAUCCACCGAUGACCACAUCCUCUUACCCGCCAAUGACUGGUCAACCCUUUUCUAUGAGUCACUCGACGCCCGAUAUGUCGGUCAUCAGACAAGAAGACGAUAAUAACUGGUAUAAUAAGGGCUUCUCUGCUCUGCGAAUGAACACAACGCCGCACAGCCAUAACCUGACGGCACCGAUGCUUCAAUACCAGGCCUAACAGUGACUCCACUCACAAGUGUUUCGGC